CCACUAUUUCCCGUGACGUCACAUCCAGGAAAACAAAUCGAGUUCCGACCACAGUCCGGGCGGAGGAGACAGUUUCUGCACAGAGAUGUUCCGCAAUCAGUACGACAACGACGUGACGGUAUGGAGCCCGCAGGGCCGUAUUCAUCAGAUCGAGUAUGCCAUGGAGGCAGUGAAGCAAGGCUCUGCCACUGUAGGACUCAAAUCCAAAUCCCAUGCAGUCCUGGUUGCUCUUAAGAGAGCCCAGUCUGAACUGGCUGCCCACCAGAAGAAGAUCCUCCAUGUCGACAACCACAUCGGCAUCUCCAUCGCUGGACUGACUGCUGAUGCCAGACUGCUUUGUAACUUCAUGCGUCAGGAGUGCUUGGACUCAAGAUUCGUCUUUGACAGACCCCUCCCCACGUCACGCCUCGUCACCCUUAUUGGCAGCAAAACCCAAAUCCCAACACAGAGGUAUGGAAGGAGGCCCUAUGGUGUUGGACUCCUCAUUGCUGGCUAUGAUGACAUGGGACCUCACAUCUUCCAGACCUGCCCGUCAGCCAACUACUUUGACUGCAAAGCCAUGUCCAUCGGAGCGCGCUCUCAGUCCGCUCGCACCUACCUGGAGAGAUGCAUGGACAAGUUCUCCGACGCUAAUCUGAAUGAUCUGGUCCAGCACGGCCUCCGCGCUCUCAGAGAAACCCUCCCCGCCGAGCAGGACCUCACCACCAAGAAUGUGUCCAUCGGCAUUGUGGGUAAGGACAUGGAGUUUGUCAUCUAUGACGAUGAUGAUGUUGCCCCGUUCCUGGAGGGACUGGAAGAGAGGCCACAGAGAAAGGUUGCCCCGCCUGCAGAUGAACCCGCCGCCCCUGCAGAGGUACCUGAGCCGAUGGAGCACUGAGGAGGCCCACUUCCUUCCAUCAGAGGUGGGGGGGGGGCAGGCAGGCACACACCCAGACCAACCUGACACUUAACUGCAACUCACCAGAGUAAAUCUAAGAGGGGGAGAAGUUGUUUUUGUUCUGAUGUGCCACUCGCUAAACUGUCAAUCCAAAAUAUCCUGCUAACAUCACCCAACGUGAUGUUGCUUUUGUAUGAGCAAAAUGUACCAUUAUACAAGUAAUAAACUCUUUUUUUGAAUAGU